UGUCUAAAGCACUGCCCACGACACACAAACGCACCCACACACACACACACACCUUAGCGCACCUGUUCAGUGUAAAUCAUUCACAGCGUCUACGUACUUGAAACUGUGAGUAGAAAGCAUAGAAUGACCGCGGAGUUAUUUGGACGAGACUAACCUGGAGAGCUCCCUGGUGAAAUCCCUUGUGCAUCCGGUUCUUCCACAUACCUUACAUCAAAUAUUUUAACUGCGCCCGUUCUCUUAUGGCCUCCACGAUUAGCCUUCUCCCCGAGAAGCACUUCCUGUGCUCCCUUUGUCGAGGCAUCUUCACCAGCCCGGUGACCAUACCAUGUGGACACAGCUUCUGCCUGUCCUGUCUCAGUCUCCACUGGUCACGACACCAGUCCAAAUACUGCCCCCGCUGCCGGAGACUGUUCAGCGAGAGGCCCGACCUCAGUGUCAACCGCGUUCUGGCCGAAGUCUCAGAUAACUACAGGAAAACUCGACCCCAGAAUCCACCCGAGGAGGAACUGGUUAUAGAUGUUGAGCAAAUGAUUCAGGAGAGGCAGCAGAAGGUAGUACGGAUGAAAUCUGCUCUGGAGCUACAACAGAACUCCUACCUCAGAGAGGUCCGAGAGAGCCAGAAAGUCUUCUCUACCCUGGUGCAAGCUAUGGAGAAGAAUCACAAAGCUGUGGUUGACGCAAUUGAGGAGAGAAAGCGAGAGGAGGAGAAGAGAGUGGAAAGGUUGGUGAAGGAGAUCGAAAAGGAGAUCCAGGAACUGAGGAAGGAGAGCACCGAACCCGACCCCCAUAUUCCUGUAAAAAGUGAUCCAGAUGAUGAGACAAACCAAGUUCCCGUGAACAUUGUUCCCACCACAUGCCCCUCUGACAUGAAGGAUUGGUCCAAGGUUGCCAUAGAAACUGACCCUUGUAUUGGGGUCACCAGACGAGCACUAGAGGACAUAAUGGAGAAGAUAAAGGUAGAAGUCAACAGACUCUCCAAAUCUGAACUCAAGAGAAUAGAGAAAUUCGCCGUUGAUGUCAAUCUGAGCGCCAAGACAGCCCAUCCCUUCCUCUCCGUCUCAGAGGACAAAAAACAGGUGAGACAUACGGACAAGCUCCACGAGGUGCCAGAUCACCCCAAGCGGUUCAACCGCGUCGCAAACGUGCUGGCCAAGGAGAGCUUCGACGGCGGCAGGUGCUACUGGGAGGUGGAGGUCGGGGAGAAGAUCGAGUGGAAUCUGGGUGUUGCCAGACAGUCCAUAAACCGAAAGGGGAAGUUCUCUGUCUGCCCUGCAAACGGUUUCUGGACUUUAAGCCUGAAGGCUGGAGGCCAGUUCGUUGCCAACACCUCCCCUGUCACGCCGCUGGCUGUGGAGCAGAGGCCCAGGAAGGUGGGUGUGUUUCUGGACUACGUCGAGGGCCGCGUGUCCUUCUACUGCGCGGAAUCUGGAGUACACAUUCACACCUUCGCAGAUACCUUCACUGACCGGCUUCAUCCAUUUUUCAGUCCAGGUCGCCUACAUGGCGGCAAAAACAAUGUUCCCCUAAUCAUCUCUUCUACUUUCUGCAGCAUCUAAGCAUUCAUGUUGUUAUUUUGAUAUUUAUAAGCAUCAGGUAUGAAUAAAGUUGUUGUCGAUAUCUUUUCAGUAUCAAUAA